CGUGUUCUGGUUUCGUUUAGCGUUCCUCGAUCGACGUUUGACAACUCGUAAGGUCUAGCCAAAAUGGCGGAGAAUGUCUAGCGGUCGAGAGUAGCUUUCUCCCCACGGCAUUUCUAAACAAUUUUGUGGAUUAACAAAAACUUUAUUGCAAACAUAUUAGCACAACAUUAGUCAUGUUGUUGAAUAUCGCUUUAAGGACCGUUUUAAGGUCUUCGGUAAGUGUUUCCAGGGAAAGCCACGGCAUUUCACGGACGUGCUGCACGACGCUGCUGUCGAGAAACAAACUAAACAACGGGUUAGGAGUUUUUGCCUCUUCAGCACCAGUCCGACAUUAUGCUCGCGCUACAAAGAAAAAGGUCGCAGUUCCAGAGAGCCAACUCAGCGACCUCCCCCCAACCAUGCUGAAGAUGGAUUACGCCGCUGUACCCCUCGCAGAAACGACAGACGAUAUUGUCAAGAGACUUCUUUCGUUGGAAUUAGCCAGUCAGAGUGAAAAGUUGGCACUGAAAAAGGAACAGCUAAUUGCUAAGGUUCAGCGGGAUGAGAGCGACCGCACCUCGGUGGAAGUUCGGAUCGCCAUUUUGACAGCAAUGAUCCGCAACGUUCAAGAGCACUUGUUCAAACAUCACAAGGAUAAGGCGAACAAGAGGCGCAUGCUGAUGGCCAUAGACAGAAGAAAGAAGUUGCUGAAGAACCUACGUCUGGAACGCUAUGAUGCCUUCGAGAAGGUGUGCGAGAGGCUGGGCAUCACCUAUACCUUCCCACCUGAGUACUACAGGAGGGUGACGCGACGUUGGCUGGCCAAGAAGGCCUUCUGCAUCAAGGUCUACAAGGAGGUGCAGAAACAGAAAGCUGAGCAGAAACUGAAAUUAGCAGCUAAGAUGCAAACUCCCAGCCAAUAGAUGCCAUCACUUGCUGGUAAAAGAAAGCUUUUUUUUUUUUUUUUUUUUUUUUGCUGUGUAUUUUUUUUCUCAUGUCGCCCGUCUGUAUAAUGCAGAUAACUGGGGGCCAUUUGCAGCCCAUUUUUCUGUGUGGCGAUGUGAUUACUACGUAUGUAAAUUAGUCCAUCUACCAGCUGUAAAAAGAUUUACUUGUUUGCCGAAUUUCACACUUAAUGGGAGGGAUGACACUCCUGAAAUAAGCUGUUGAAAAGUCAGGUUUCCACAAUAAUUCCCCUUUAAAUGCGAGUCCGAUACAUAUAUGGACCGAAAGAAGAAAUAAAGGAAUAAAGCGCAGCAUUUCGUCCGAGAAUCAUCUGUGAUCU